AUGAAGCAAAAGAUUGUGAUCAGGGUGGAGAUGACGUGCGACAAGUGCCGGUCCAAGGCAAUGGCGCUGGUGGCUGCGACGGUUGGGGUGGACUCGGUGGCGCUGGCCGGGGACAGCAAGGACCAGGUGGUUGUGCUCGGCGACGGCGUCGACUCCGUUAAGCUCACCACCGCGCUGCGAAAGAAGGUUGGCCACGCCCAGCUGGUGCAGGUCGGCGAGGUCAAGAAGGAGGAGGAGAAGAAGCAGUCCGCCGAAGCAGCCGCCGCCGUCGUCGAGUAUGCAUACCCGUGGCACUACUAUCAGUACCCUCCUGCCGGCGCGUAUAGUUACCAGCAGUAUUACUCCCCGCCGGACACCUGCUGGAUGUAG